GGUGAGUUAGAGCCCGCCCUCCGCGGCGGAGCCAAUGGGAAGGCGGAGCGGAGUGUCCCCUCCCCCAGGUGGGCGGGACAGCGCUCCGACAGAGCCGGGCUCGGCAGGCAUGCGAGAGCCAGGGGCGCGGGAGGAGAGAGCGGGGCUGGGCGCCGCGAGGCCGCAGAAGGCAGCGCCCCCUGGGGCGGAGGAGGCCGAGGCCCGCUACGAUCCGUACGAGUGGUACAACGUGCGGGAGUGGAGCGGGCCGCGGGGCCCGGGCUCCGGCGGGAAGGGCCGCAGCCGCCGGGAGAGGGAGCUGCGCACCAACCGCCACCUCCCCGCCGGCCACGAGAGGAAGAUCGCCCAAAAGCUGCGCAACAGCCAGGCCAAGCGGCGCCGCCGGGAGCAGCGCGGGCCUCGCUCCACCCGGGCCGGGAGGCGCAGCGCCAGGGCUGAAUAGCAGUCCGGAUGUUAAACAUCUUCCCGCAUUCCAACUGCUGUUCCCAUUAGAAAAAGGGAGCCCUGUUCAGGAAUGCUAUGCAAUGGGAUCUCCUUAACCUCACCUGCUGCACUGCUGAAAUACCAUGUCUUGCAGGACAAAUAAGUGACACUUUUUUCAAUAAGACCAAGGUCCUUGCUACUUUUUUUGCCUCAUCUUGUGUUAUUUUAUAUAAUGACAACAGUAUGCUAAGAACUUUACAGACAAAUAUGAAGCCAGGGUUUGGGUCUUGGAGAUUUUACAUUUGAAGGCACUACAAGCAUAUCUUUUAGUAUGGAUGCUUGUGCCCAGGUGAAGCUUCAUCAAAGUCAGGGUUGCUUGCUAGGAUCCUGUUGCAGGGUCCAUCGAUGCAUGCUUUAAGUAGUCUCGUUGAACUCAAUGAGCUUACUCAGAUGUGUAAAAAUUUGCAAGAUUGGGGCCUUAAAUCUCUGGGUUGUUGAUUAAGGCCUUGAUUUUACAUGUGCAGGUGGAUCUCUUGUACUCACAAAGAA